AUGCUACUAUUUAUAUUUUUUAUAAUUUCAAUUUUUUCAACUACGAUCGCUGAUACUUCAGAUCAACCAAAAUUUGAUCGGUCACAUGAAACUGUUUCUGUUGUUGUCGGUAAACGAGCAUUAUUACCAUGUUACGUAUCAAUAAAAGACGCUGCUAAUAAUGGAAAUAGUCCGUUUAAAAUUAUUUGGAUGAAAUUAAAUAAUAGUUCAAUUUUAACUAUGGAAGAUCGAGCUAUCAAUGGUGAUCCACGUAUAUCAUUAUUACAUGCGUAUGCUGACGAAUGGAAUUUACAAAUUGAUGAUAUUGAUGAAGAUGAUGCUGGUAUUUAUCAAUGUGUUAUUAAUACGGGCAUGUAUAAAACAUUAACAUUAGAUGUUAAAGUUCCACCAAAAAUAAUUGACGAAUUAACAACAGAACCUUAUCCAUCACCGAUAAGAUCAGGUUCAAAUUUUACAAUAAAAUGUUAUGCACAUGGUAAACCAAUGCCAAAAAUUCGCAUUCUUUCGUAUGAUCAAUCAGACGAUGCUAAAAUUAUCAGUGAGCACAAUGAAGUAACUCUCUAUGAUGUAUCUCGUCAUACACGCCGUCGUUAUGAAUGUAUCGCUAGUAAUGGUUAUCCACCGGAUGUAGCACGUUCAUUUCAAUUAACAGUACAAUAUGCACCUGAAUUAAAUCUUGUUUAUGUAUCAAAAAUAAAUGAUGAAUUAACAUCAUCAUUAGUAUUUAUUGACUCAAAUCAGCAUGAAAUUCGACUUAAAUGUCUAGCUAUUAUGAAUCCAUUAGAUAGAAUUUAUUGGACAAAAGAUAAUCAUAAAUUAAUAAAUAAUCAUCGUAUGCAUCAACAUGUUUCAACUUCAAUGGAUAAUUUUAUUAUAUCUGAACUUGUUAUAAAAGAAUUUUCAAAUGAAGAUCAAGGUGAUUAUUUAUGUGUUGCUUCAAAUUCAUUGGGAACAAGUUCAAAAAGUAUUCAAUUACUACUGGCACCAACAACUUUACCACCAUCAACAACAACAACAACAACAAUCAUUAGUACCACAUUUAUAACAACAACAACAUCAUCAUCAUCUAUAAUAAAUGAAUUAUCAGCUUCACUCAUGACUGUUGCACGACGUAAACGUCCAAAACAUACUCGAACAACAACAACAACAACUAUAUCACAAGAAUUUUUUCGUUCAACAGAACUUUUAAGAGAGAUGACUAUCACAUCAUCACAAGGUAAAUGA